UGAGGUCGCGUUCUCCUGUGUGCGCCGUGGAUCUUGCGGUUUCGUCUCUCCAUCUCGAUCUCGAGCUUAGGGUUUCGCGAUCCGCGAUCGAAAUGGACGCUUUGGACUCCGUGGUCGAUCCCCUGCGGGAGUUCGCCAAGGACAGCCUUCGCCUCGUCAAACGGUGCCACAAGCCCGACCGCAAGGAGUUCACGAAGGUGGCGGUACGCACGGCGAUCGGGUUCGUGGUGAUGGGAUUCGUUGGGUUCUUCGUCAAGCUGAUCUUUAUCCCGAUCAACAACAUUAUCGUCGGUUCCGGUUAGGUAAUACGAUGUAAACCCUUCCGGUUCCGAUGUUUCUGAUUUAGGAGAUGGUUUUCGUGCGGUUGGGUGAUUAUCAUAGUUCAGAUCGCGAAUACGACAAAUUGAGAAAUUGUAGUUGCAAUGCAUGAAAAAAAAGGGAUUAUAUUUGUGGUUGA